AAAAAUAAAUCUGUGAAAAUAAAACCACUUACAUCAUGGAGAAUUCUCCACCUGCUGCUUCGUCUUUGGAAAAACAAAUAGAUAAUUUUUUGGAGCACUUCAAGCGUAGUGCUUCCAAGGCCAUGGAGGCCGAAUGGUGUAGUAUUGGUGGCAGCAACACUAGCACCACUAGUAAUAGUGGUGGUGGUGGCGGUGGUGUUGUUGCUGCUAGUAAUAGUGUAACCGGAAGUAGUACAACGACAACAACAGUGAUAAACACUUCAACUACUACAACCUGUAGUGAAUAUGUUUCUCCACAGCCUGCGUUGCAAACACCCAAACAGAUGUCGUUUGAGAAGCAUCAACAUUUGUUGCAACGUACACGCAGCCGUUCGAGUUGUUUGGAUUUGAAUAAUAUGAUGACGGAUAAUGAUGUUGAAGCGGUAUUGGCUGAGUCUCAAGCAAUUGUUAUGACAUCCACACAACAACAACAGCAGCAGCAACAACAACAGCGUCAACAGACACCACAACAUCAACAAGUUAUCAGUCAUCAAAUGUUAGAAUCACAAUGUUCCAUUAAUAGUACAACUUCCAUACAAACUGUCUUGCAACAAUCAGUCAUACACAAUUCGCCAAAACAUAACGGUAGCAUUUCAAUGCUGCAACAACAAUCUUGCAUUAGUACCAAUUCGAAUUCAUCCAUUAAUUCGCAACAGAACAUCUCAUAUGCCAUCGAAGCCCUGCCCGGCAGUCUACGACACGUAUCAGGCAGUGUGAAUUCGUUAUUGGAACACAUCGCCCCGGCCACCAUGAGCAGUGAGGGUGUUUUGAAUAUUGGUGAUGUUGCCGAUUUGCUACAUCCCCAGCAUGCCAUCAUUACGGGUGGUCGUUCUCAGGAGGGUUGUCCCCUAAUCAUAUUUCCCGAUAAUAAUAAUUUUAAUACCCUGGAGGAGGUGGAUUAUCAAAAAUUAAUAUUGUAUUUAACUUCAGUGCCAUCGCUACAAGAUGCGGAUUUAGGUUUUCAUUUAAUAAUCGAUCGACGUAAAGACAAAUGGACUUCGGUGAAGACAGUAUUACAGCGCAUUUCGAUCUAUUUUCCCGGCAUUAUACAUGUUGUGUAUGUUUUACGGCCCUCUGGUCUCUUUCAAAAGGCCAUCUCAGAAGUUAGUUCAAAAUUUUCCAAAGACGAGUAUCGUUUUCGUUUAGUCAUAUGUUCCUCUCUAACCGAUCUACACGAGUACAUUAUACCCUCCCAAUUGACGGCGGAUAUGGGCGGCUCAUUAAUAUAUUCCCACCAUGAAUGGAUACAACAAAGAAUAUCCCUCGAAAAAUUCUCUAGCCUAACCCAUCAAGUGUCCGCCGAAUUGGACAUUUUCAUACAAGCCAUACACGAUACAGAAUUUCCCAAUUCUGUUGAAGCUACACAAAAACUUUUAGAUGAUCAGGGCACUGACUAUCAGAGACUUAAGGAGGAAAUACUGGCGGCCGCCAAACAUGGUGAAACUUUAUUGAACAACAUCAAGUCAAAUGAUGAAAUUAAAGAAUUCUCCGAGCGUACUGGUAAUGUCAGCUCCAUAGAACGAUCCAGUGCAGGGCAAUCAAAUAUAAUACAAACUCAACAACAACAACAACAAUUUAUAAAACGUCAUCAAAUUAUUUAUCACCAACAAUACAAAUUGAAAAAACCCCAACACUAUGAUGAUUGUCGGGACUAUCGUAGACUUUUGGUGCAGCUGGAAGAAACCGAACGACGUUUUGAUGAAUUUUGGCGAACACAUCGUAAUCGUCUGCAGCAAUGCCUGGAGUUGAGGAAAUUUGAACAGAGUUUUAGAGAACUACAGUUUUCUUUUGAUGCCCGCCUUAAAACCGUUUCCGAAAUGACCGAAAUUGGUGAGAGUGUUGAACGUGUUGACAGCUUAAUCGUGGAGACACAAGACUUUCAAACACUGUGUGCCAAAGACAUUGAUAAGGCGGCUGAGGUUAUAGCGGCCGGCCAGCAACUUAUUGGCUCGCGCGGUGUUUACCCUUGGGAAGUCGUACAACCAAAGUGUGAUGAACUGCAGCGUGUUUGUGAUAUAAUCACAGAACGUUUACAGAAACGUUUGGAAAUUUUAAAUAAAAAUCAUGAGCUAAUGGAGAGAGUUGAAAAGGCUAAUGAAUGGUGUGCUAAUGGCGUCGAAUUACUUACCUCCCAACGCAUCGAAAAAUGUUCUUCAUCUCAUGAGUUGGCCGAACAAAGUCUUCAGGAAAUUCAGGCUUUUAUAGCCUCAGCCUCAGAUUUUAAAUUGUCUAGUCCUAGUGAAUUUAAAAAGAUUUUCUUAGAAAGUACCACACCCGAAACCAAAGCUUUAGUAUCACAGGUUCUCCAAAGAAUUGAUGAUGUAUCAUUGAUGUGUGAUAAACGUAUUGCUAGUUUAAAGAAACUGGCCUUAAAACCACCGCGUCCCAUUCAGACAGUUACACCAGAACCGGCAGUGCCGCUACAGCCUCCCGGUGGGGCACCUCAUCUAUUGCGACGAAAACAUAAGACUGAUGUUAUACACGAAUUACGUCCACGAUCUAUGGAUGGUGUUGUUGAUUCGGGUGUAUCAUUAAAUGGUGACAGUAGCUGUGGCCCAGAUUCAGUGGACCAUCUACAAAAUCAGCAGGACUCCGAGGCCAGACGUUUAAAGCGUGGUCAUGUUCUAAGCGAACUUUUAGAAACGGAACGAAUCUACGUCACCGAAAUGAGUUCAAUAUUAAAGGGUUACUGCGAUCAAAUGCAUUCGGAGGAAAUGAUCCAUUUAGUACCGGCCAGUCUUCAGGGCAAAGAAGAUAUAUUAUUUGGCAAUUUACACGAACUCUAUACGUUUCACAAUGAUGUCUUUCUCAAGGAUUUGGAGAAUUGUAUAUCAACCACGGAAUUGGUGGCAUUAUGUUUUGUACAAAGGCGUGAUACUUUUUAUCGUUUAUAUUCCUUCUACUGCCAAAAUAUACCACGUUCAGAUCGCCUGCGUGAAACUUUAGUUGAUACCCAUCUCUUUUUACAAGAAUGCCAAAAACGUUUAGGUCACAAGCUACCGCUAGCGGCCUAUUUGCUAAAACCUGUGCAGCGUAUUACCAAAUAUCAAUUGUUACUUAAGGAUCUGUUACGUUUUAGUGAUAGCGGCAGUUGUACCAAAGAAUUACAGAAGGCUUUGGACUGUAUGCUGAUUGUUUUGAAAUGUGUCAAUGAUUCAAUGCACCAAGUGGCUAUAACGGGAUUUCCGACCGAUUUAUCUCAACAAGGCGAGCUAUUGUUGCAAGAUUCAUUUCAGGUUUGGUCUGAAUCGAAAAAAGACUUACGUCUGCGUAUAAAACCUCAACAAAGACAUAUAUUUUUAUAUCAAAAAUCUAUGUUGUUUUGUAAGCAAACUUCGAAACCGGGCCACAAUAAGAGCACCUAUCAGUUCAAGAAUUACAUAAAGAUGUCACAUAUUGGUUUAACCGAAUCCGUUCGCGGUGAUACAAAACGUUUUGAAGUUUGGUUACAAGGACGUCAAGAAGUACACACGCUGCAAGCACCCACAAUUGAAAUCAAAAACAAAUGGGUGGCGGAAAUCAAACGGGUCCUCCUCAAUCAAUUGGAAGAAUUAAAAGGUGAAAAAAUCAAACAGUACGGUUUAAAUCACCGGGGUCUACGACAAACCACCUCUUGGGAUACGCCCAACAUAAUAACGUCACAGCGAACUAUAAGCUGUGAUGCCUCAUCCGAAUCAUCCAAUCGCAAUUCGAAUUGUAGUAGUAGUGAUGAUAAUUGUAUAAUAACAUCCGGCCUGCCAAUCAGUAGUAACAUGUCAAUGACUUCGGCCACAAGCACGACAGAGAAAGAACACAAUGAGGCCUGUGGCUGGAGUUCGGAUUACUCGAAUAGUGAAGAUGAAAUGUCAAUGAUUGAAGACAAUAGUACACCGGGUAGUAAAUUUGUAGCCCUAGCCGAUUAUGUGGCUGUGGGACAUUCGGAGGUCUCAAUGCGAGAAGGAGACAAUAUCGAAUUGCUUAAGGUGGGCUGUGCGGGAUGGUGGUAUGUGCGUAUAUUAGAUACCAGUUCAGAAGGUUGGACCCCUGCAGCAUAUUUGGAAUCGAUCAAUCGAAAAUCUUCUCGAUCAUCAAGCCGCAAUCAAGAACGCUUAAAUUUAAAUAAGUUAAAUGAUUAAUUUAAUAUUUUAUAUAGCCAGUUAUUAUAUACAUACAUAUACUGUAAACACUUGUAUCCUACAAAAGAAUUACAAAACAAAAUUAACCUUUAUACUAUAUAAAUUAUGGAGAAAAAUAAUCUAUUGAAAUCUUUAAAUUAAAUGUUUAGAUUGUAUAUUGCACGCUUUAACGUUGAUCCUUUCUUUACUAGACAGGAUCAUACAAUAUUUAUGAAAUUAACACUCAUGUUUGCCUUUCUUGAAAUCUAUUAAAGAAGCUUAAAGUUUUUACUAUAAAUAAAAAAUAAUAUGAAACACGACCAUGGCCCUAAAAACGGUUGGGGAAGUGUAGACAUUUGGUUGUAUGGGAAGUGUAGUUUUGUGUUUGUUAUAUAAUUUAGUUUGAUUUCUCAAUCGCUUAAAUUUUGAUCCUUUCUUUACUAGACAGGAUCAUACAAUAUUUAUGAAAUUAACACUCAUGUUUGCCUUUCUUGAAAUCUAUUAAAGAAGCUUAAAGUUUUUACUAUAAAUAAAAAAUAAUAUGAAACACGACCAUGGCCCUAAAAACGGUUGGGGAAGUGUAGACAUUUGGUUGUAUGGGAAGUGUAGUUUUGUGUUUGUUAUAUAAUUUAGUUUGAUUUCUCAAUCGCUUAAAUUUUGAUCCUUUCUUUACUAGACAGGAUCAUACAAUAUUUAUGAAAUUAACACUCAUGUUUGCCUUUCUUGAAAUCUAUUAAAGAAGCUUAAAGUUUUUACUAUAAAUAAAAAAUAAUAUGAAACACGACCAUGGCCCUAAAAACGGUUGGGGAAGUGUAGACAUUUGGUUGUAUGGGAAGUGUAGUUUUGUGUUUGUUAUAUAAUUUAGUUUGAUUUCUCAAUCGCUUAAAUUUUGAUCCUUUCUUUACUAGACAGGAUCAUACAAUAUUUAUGAAAUUAACACUCAUGUUUGCCUUUCUUGAAAUCUAUUAAAGAAGCUUAAAGUUUUUACUAUAAAUAAAAAAUAAUAUGAAACACGACCAUGGCCCUAAAAACGGUUGGGGAAGUGUAGACAUUUGAUUGUAUGGGAAGCAUAGUUUUGUGUUUGUUAUACAAUUUAGUUUGAUUUCUCAAUAGCUUUAAUUUUUCUUUCUGAUACAAUAAGAACUGAUAUUAAAACUGAGAAAUAUGAGUUUGUAAGAGAGUUAAUUUCAACCAAUUUUACAAAAGUGUCAGUAAAAAUUCAAAUUCCAUAUGAUUUUUGAUAUUAACCCCCUUAUUUUGCAAAUAUGUAACAAUAUAAGUGGGUAAAUAUCUGGUUAAAACUUGUUUACACCUUGCCUCAGCUAAAAAAUAAUGAAGAAAACAAUCUGAAAACUCAUUUUCUCACACAUUUGGUAAUUGAUCCAAUUGAUAAUAAAUACUAAUGAAAAAUUUCAACAUUUUAUCAAAUAGAUAAAUGGGCCUGCUCUGCAAAACGAAUUCGAAUAACCUUUUUAUUUUUAAAGCGGAUGCAAAUAUGUUGGUAUUCUGUAAAUCGAAUCCAAAAGGUUUGCAAAGUCAUUUAUUCGUUUUUGGAAAUCAUUUAUUUUUGAAACCACUCCACUUACCGAACAGUAGUAAAAAUUAUUGAGAAAGUUUAUUUUAUAAGUAUGGACAAAGGUGAAUAUUAUCAACUUAUUUUAAAACCCCAUUUUUAAAAACUUUAAACAUAUACCCCUUUAUUCAUAAUCAGUUUACUGUUUUAUAAAAGGUUUAUAAAACAAAAUUUGUUUUAUGAAGCUUUAAUGAAUUUAGAAAUUGAUUAUAUUUUAAUGGAAUCAAAAAAAUUCCUUAAUUUUAGAAUAUUUAAAGUUUCCUUCAAUGUAAUCUUUAAAUUAGUAUUAAAUUAAAUGAAGCUAUCAAUUUUCGAACAACCGAACAAUUCCCUAACCUGUUUAAAGGCCUCCCCCCAUUAAUCACUUCUACUACUACUAUUACUAUUCUAUAUAUUCAGAUUUAUUCAAAUACUACAAAUUUCUUACUCGAAAUUUUUCUAAUUGCUUUUAUUAUAAACAGAAAACUAUAUAAUUAUACAAGAAAAACAACAUUAAAAUCUCUAAUCAAAAUUAAAGCAUUUCAUAAAUUAAAUUCUUAAGUUAUAUUUUAUAAAUUAAGCACACAAAUAUGUAAUUUAAAUUUCGUCUAGUCUGUAAAUUAUAUGCUAAACUAAUUUAUAUAUUUAAAACAAAUUUAAAAGAAACAAAUAUAUCAAAAUUUUAAUACGUAAUAAUUUAAAUUCGAAAAAAAAAAUUAAAAGAAAUCACAAAAUCUAUUCCAUUGUUUUCAUAAAAUGACCACAAUAAUUUUGAAUAUUAUAGUUUGUUUUUAUGGAAUUGUGAAUAGAAUUGUUAUAUUUUUUUUAUAGUUUGUAAUAGUUGAAAAAUUAUUUUAAUUUUGUAUUGUAAGCAGGCAAAUGAAGUAUAAUUGUACUUAGUUUAUUUUUUUUACACACAAUUAAAGAUUAUUUUCAGUGUGGGGCUUUUUUUUGAAUUUCAAAAUAAGUUAUUGUAGUUGUUAUUGUAAUUUUAAGAACGAUUUAUUGAAGCUUUUUUAAAAGGCUUUAAUUUUUGAUAAUUUUAAGAUCAUCAUUUACAAUUUAUCUGUAUUUUGUAAUUUAUUAUUAAAAACAUAUUUUGCAGUAAAUAAUUUAUAUUGUAUGUACACAAAUCAUUUAAAUAAUUAAUUUUAUGAAGGUUAAACAGCAGCAAUAUCAUCAUUAAAGUAUUUAUAAAAUCAUCAUUGAACAUAAACAAUAAUAAAUAAAUCAAAUGAAAUAAUUAUAAAUAAAUGAAUUAAUUAAUUGAUUUAAAUAAUAAGAAAUAAAA